AUGAUCGCGUUCAAUAAAAUUAAACCGUUGAUAAGAUGGAAGCAUUUGAGGUUAGAGCGAGCGAAAUACAACUCCGGAGUGGGAGUGUUCGGUCAUCGACCGCGUCAAAGUAACGAUAUUGAUAUACCUCAAGAAAUCAUCUCAAAACGAAACGAAAACUGUCGGGCGCAACAACUAGUCGAUGCUUACCGCAACUACGGCCAUCUUCGAGCCACCAUAGAUAAUGUCGACUAUGAAAAUAAAAAUCGGGAUAUCAAAGAGCUUCAUCUAUCAAGAUAUGGUUUAUCAGGCUCCGACACGGUUGACUUGGGACUGUUAUAUGGCCACAAUGGAAAACAAUUUGCGAACGAUCUAGUGGAACAAUUGGAGAGAAUUUAUUGUGGUCCCAUAUCUUACGAGUUCAGUCAUUUGGAGACAGAAGCCGAAAGGGAAUGGUUCUCACAGAGAGUUGAAAGUGGUUCAGAUGUUGUGGCUAAAGAACGUCAGAUCGAAAUUUUAAAAGAACUCCUACACUCACAAGCGUGGGACAAAUUCCUAUCAACCAAAUUACCAUCGGUGAAGCGGUACUGCGGGGAAGGCGCUGAGUCUUUAUUAACUUUCCUGUCGACUUUGUUCCGACUGACAGCCUCAGAACAAUUACAGCAUGUGGUAGUAGCAAUGGCACACAGAGGCAAACUCAACGCACUGGGUUGUCUUCUAGGAGUUCCACCUGUGAAGAUAUUCCACAAACUAGCCGGCAACCCUGAGUUUCCCGAUGAAGCUAAAGCCGCUUGCGACAUAGCCACUCAUUUAAGUGUUUCCAACGAUAUAACAGUCAAUGGCAAUAGUGUUAGAUUCUCUUUAAUAAACAAUCCAUCACAUCUCGAGGCCGCCAAUUCUGUGUCGAUGGGAAAAACGAGGUCGAAGCAAUUAAAGUUACGAGAAGGCGACUAUUCUGAAAACAGUACUUCACGAUUUGGCGACAAAGUUUUAAAUGUUCAGAUACAUGGUGAUGCAGCUUUUGUUGGACAAGGAGUUAAUCAAGAGAGCCUUAUGUUUUCAAAAUCACCUCACUUUGACGUCGGUGGAAGUUUACAUGUCGUGGUUAACAAUCAGUUAGGAUUCACACUACCAGCGAGCCGUGGACGUUCCAGUCGCUACGUAACAGAUUUGGCUAAAUCAAUAGCCGUCCCAGUUAUUCACGUCAAUGGAGACUAUCCUGAGCUUGUGGAAAAGGCAACGAAUAUAGCGUUUGAGUACCAGAGGAAAUUCCGCAAGGACGUUUUCAUAGAUUACAACUGUUUCCGCAAAUGGGGUCACAAUGAGCUUGACGACCCGACCGUCACAAACCCUCUCAUAUACAAAAUUAUUAAUAAAAAACAAUCAAUACCUGAUCACUAUGCAAAUAAACUUGUAUCAGAAGGUAUUCUAACUGAAGCUGAAGUCGAGAGCAUAACAACAGAAUUCACGAAGUAUUUACAAUCGCAAUUCGAACAACAUCAUUCCUACCAGCCGGAGGUAUCAUAUUACCAAGAUCAAUGGUCAGGAAUGAGUGCUGCACCACGAGCUGUGGAACUCUGGGGUACUGGUGUUGACACUGAAAUGUUAAAGCAAGUCGGACGAGCUUCUGUCAUUGUACCUGAUGAUUUUGUCAUACAUCCACAUUUAGCAAAAACUCAUGUAAAAAAUCGAUUGAACAAAUUGUCAGAGGAAAAAGGACUCGACUGGGCUACAGCGGAGGCUCUUGCUUUUGGAUCAUUGCUAAUGGAAGGCCGGAACGUUCGCAUUAGUGGAGAAGAUGUUGGUAGAGGUACCUUCGCUCACAGACAUGUUAUGUUUGUAGACCAGGAGACAGAGAAUAUACACAUCCCACUGAACCAUAUACACGAGGAUCAGAAAGGGUUUUUAGAGGUGGCAAAUUCAAUUUUAUCUGAAGAAGCUGUAUUGGGAUUCGAAUAUGGGAUGGCAUUUGAUUCGCCUGAAAAUCUUUGUUUAUGGGAAGCACAGUUCGGCGAUUUCUAUACGGGAGCGCAGAUUAUAGUUGACAAUUUCAUUGCAUCUGGUGAAUCGAAAUGGGUUCGCAGCAACGGUCUAGUGAUGUUACUUCCACACGGUUUCGAUGGAGCAGCAUCUGAACAUUCCUCGUGUAGGAUGGAGAGGUUUUUGCAGCUAACAGACAGUUCAGAGAUAAGCCCAGACUCUGAAGCUGUGAACAUGAACGUUGCGAAUGCCACAACACCAGCUCAGUACUUCCAUUUGUUAAGGCGACAGAUGGUUCGAAACUACAGAAAACCGUUGGUAGUGGUCUCACCAAAAACUCUUCUGCGGUUGUCUGAAGCGACAUCCAACUUGUCAGAAUUCGCACCCGGAACACACUUCAAGCCUGUUAUUGGUGAUCAAAUUGCCGAUCCAUUGAAAGUAAAAAGGGUGUUUUUCGUCAGUGGUAAACAUUAUUACGAAUUGCACAACGAACGGUUGAAAAAUAAAAUUGAUGAUGUCGCUAUUGUGAGAGUAGAAUUGCUUUGUCCUUUCCCGGUGCAAACAAUACAAGUGGAAUUGCAAAAAUAUACUAACGCUAGAAACACUUUAUUAUUUUUAGAAUUCAUAUGGUGUCAGGAAGAACAUAGGAAUAUGGGUGCGUGGAGUUUUGUCAAACCACGCUUUGAAAAUCUUGUCGGGAGAAAGCUCCUAUACGCUGGUCGUCCUGAAGCACCAACAACAGCAGUGGGAGCACCUAAACUUCACAAAGUGGAAGUUGAUUAUAUACUACGCCAACCAUUUUUGACAUAA